UUUGGGGAAGACGGAAAGAACUAGUCCUCAAAGGGACCCAGGAGCCAUUUGACAGGGGUAAAAAUCCUUAAGCUUCCCAGAAUAUUUUUGUCAGCUCAAAAGGCACAUUUCCUACAACUGCAUCGUGAAGCUGAAGCUAUUCUGCAGGAAAUUGUCAGCAAAGGAGCUAUGGGGAACAGAGCAAAAGGCACUCUGCAGACAAGGCAAGUCCUGCUUCUCUUUGUUUUGUUGGUAAUAACUCAGGCCGACCUUGAGCCUGGGAGAUUUUCGGUGGAGGAGGAAAUGCAGGGUGGGGCCUCCGUAGGCAAUUUGGCAAAAGCUCUAGGACUGCAGGUGGGUGAGCUGUCCUUACGCGGAGCUCAGGUGGUCUCUAAUGAUAACAGACAACCCUUGAAGCUGGACAUAAAAACCGGGGAUUUGCUCUUAGUGGAAACGCUAGACCGGGAAGAGCUCUGUGGCUCCAAUGAGCCCUGUGUGCUGCAUUUCCAGGUGUUAAUGAAAAACCCUUUGCAGUUUUUACAAAUUGAACUUCAAGUCAAGGAUAUAAAUGACCACUCUCCCAUCUUCUUGGAGAAAGAAAUACUACUAGAAAUCCCAGAGAAUAGUCCUGUUGGGGCUGUGUUCUUAGUAGAAAAUGCAAAAGACUUAGAUGUAGGAACCAAUGCCAUAAAAACCUACACAAUAGGCACUAACUCUCAUUUCCACACUAAAAUGAGAGUUAACCCAGACAAUCAGAAAUACCCGGAGUUAAUUCUGGACAAGGCGCUGGAUUAUGAAGAGCAGCCAGAGCUCAGCUUCAUCCUCACUGCGCUGGAUGGUGGGUCCCCACCCAGAACCGGGACUACAUUGGUUCAAGUAGUGGUUAUAGAUACUAAUGAUAACUCCCCAGAGUUCGAGCAUCCAUUUUAUGAUAUAAAGAUUCCGGAGAAUAGUAUCCUUGGUUCUCAGCUUGUCACUGUCUCAGCUUGGGAUUUAGAUUCUGGAAUAAAUGGGGAAAUAACAUACACUUUUUCUCAUGCAUCAGAAAAUAUUCAAAAAACAUUUGAAGUUAAUCCAAAGUCUGGAAAAGUUAGUUUAACGGCACCCUUGGAUUUCGAAACAAUUGAAUCAUACUCCAUAAUCAUUCAAGCUACAGAUGGGGGAGGACUGUUUGGAAAAUCUACACUCAGUAUUCAGGUGAUGGAUGUGAAUGACAAUGCCCCAGAAAUAGCUGUGUCUUCAAUAACCAAUCCAAUCCCAGAAAAUUCUCCGGAGAUUGUAGUUAUGGUUUUCAGUGUCCGAGACAGAGACUCUGGGGACAAUGGGAGAAUGGUAUGUUCUGUCCCGGAAGACCUACCAUUCGUGCUGAAAACUUCUGUUAAAAAUUAUUACACUCUAAAAACAGAGAAAACACUGGACAGAGAGAACAGAGCUGAGUACAAUAUCACCAUCACUGUCACGGACUUGGGGACACCUAGGCUCAAAACCCACUACAACUUAACCGUGCAGGUCUCAGACGUCAACGACAACGCCCCCACCUUCACCCAAUCCUCCUACACCCUCUUCGUCCCAGAAAACGUGGUGGCGCUGGCCGCCGUGUCGUCGCUCUUCCUGCUGUCGCUGCUGCUCUUCGUGGCGCUCAGGCUGUGCAGGAGGAGCGGGCCGGCCGCGCUGGGGGUGUGCUCGGCGGCGCCCGAGGGCCCCUUCCCUGCCCACCUGGUGGACGUCAGCGGCACGGGGACGCUGUCGCAGUCCUACCAGUAUGAGGUGUGUCUCUCUGGAGGUUCUGGGAUAGAUGAGUUUAAGUUCCUAAAGCCAUUUUUCCCCAACCCUCCAUCCCGGAGUACUGGCAAAGACACAGAAGGAAAUGUUAAUAUCCGAAAUAGUUUUGGAUUUCAGUAGUGAUCGGAUUGUGAUGCUGUUCUGUGCCAUUUAUCCCUAAGUUACGCAGAUACAGAAUUUGAUUUCGUAUAGAACAUUUAAGUGUGAGAUGUAGCUUUGCUUUUCUUUUAUUAUGGGAUUUGCGCA